CCUGGCUCUCCACGAGUUUUGCACAAACUCGUCAAUCAUCAGGAAGAACUGAAGACUGUUGACUUCCUGGUGCCGUGCGUGCAAACACUUUGACGAAGUCACAGCAGGCGGCGGGCUAAAUUACAUGUGUCGCUGCCGGUUCCAAAGGGCGAGGCCGCGUUUGGAAGCUAUUAAUAACCCUCACAGCCACUAAUCAGGACCACCAGACGCGUUCUCCUGAGUCCUACUUCCCUAUCAGGACUCCAGUUUGGCACUUUUGUGGCCCCACAAGCCACAAAACCCUGGCGUGUCAUACCUACAUCUACCAUCAGGGGCGUGCUGGGCCUCGGGGUGCAAAAUGGAAAAAAGCGUCCCAGUGGCUGCCUUCCACUGGGACUUCCCAAGUUAGCUCCUCCCACAAGGAUCCUGCCUUGCCUCCCUCCCGGCGCCGCUCGCCGUCACUCCCUGGGAGACUCUGAAGGAUGCUGUCCUGCAGACACUUGGGUCUGCUGGCACUCCUGGCGCUCGGCCAAGGCUGGGAGGACGCGGGCGACCCCUGCGACAACUUCACCGACCUGAACCUGUCCCACUGCUUCAUGGGCACCAGCUUGUACGUGCGCCUGCUCCUCUACACGCGCUCCAACCUGGGCUGCGGCCGCGAGCUCCACCACCACCUCUUCCCCUCGCAGCCGCUCUUCAACCUCUCCCGCCCCACCGCCUUCGUCAUCCACGGCUACCGCCCCACCGGGGCGCCGCCCAUCUGGAUCGACCACCUCGUGCGCCUGCUGGCCGAGCAGGAGGACAUGAACGUGAUCGUGGUGGACUGGAACCGGGGGGCCGCCAACCUCAACUACAUCGCCGCCGUGGCCUACACCAGGGACGCGGCGUCCAACCUGACAGGGUUCAUCAGGAACAUGCAGGAGGAAGGAGCCUCGCUGAGCUCACUUCACCUCAUCGGGGUCAGUUUGGGGGCUCACUUGGCCGGCUACGUUGGCGCCAACCUGAAGGGAAAGAUUGGACGCAUCACAGGUUUGGACCCGGCGGGGCCCCUCUUCAACAGCGCCACCCCAGACGACAGGCUGGACCCCUCGGACGCCAUGUUUGUUGACGUGCUGCACACCGACAUGAACUCUUUCGGCCUAAGAGGCGCUCACGGUCACAUCGACUUCUACGCUAACGGUGGCGCGGAUCAACCAGGAUGCCCCAAAACCAUAUUUGCAGGAAAGUCUUACUUCGUGUGCGACCACCAGCGUUCCAUGUUGUUGUACCUGUGCGCACUCAACCACACCUGCAGCCUGACCGCCUACCCGUGCUCGUCCUAUGCCGACUUCCUGGACGGGCGCUGCAUGCAGUGCGAGGCCUUUAGGCCCGCCCCCUGCCCCCAGCUCGGUUACGACAUCAGCCAAUGGCGAGAAAGCCUCCUGCGUUUGGGGCAGACCAAAGUCUUCUUCAGCACCACGGCCACCCUUCCCUAUAGGAAGCUCAACUACAGGGUGGACAUGGUGACAUGGAACCAGUACCUCCGUUGGGGGGUGGUACACAUCCGCCUCCACAGCGGCAGGACCUUCUCGGAGGCCCGGAUAGACCAUCAGCUCCUGCGCUUCGAGCAGUACACGUCCACGCGUCUCCUGGCCCAGUUCGACGAGGACCUGUCGCACGUGCACAAGAUCUCCCUGCGCAUCAACACCGGCAACGUGAUCGGCCCGCGCUACAAAAUCAGACUGCUGCGGAUACGACUGACGCCGCUGGAGUACCCGGAAAGGCCGCUGAUGUGUCGCUUUGACAUCAUCAUGGAGGAGAACACGGAGGUGGCGUUCAGGCCGUUGUCAUGCGACUCCCGCCUCUAACUGCACGCCCCUGGGUGCUGCGGCCUUGCCAUCCCUCAUGAGAGACUUCUAUGGAAACAGGAAGUCACGUCACAUUGUGGAUCACAUCAGUGGACCAAACAAUCUACACAGUAGGGCUGGGCGAUACGGCUGUAAAACCGAAUCACGCUAUCAGUCAAGAAUUGAUAUUUUUUAUGACCUAUCAAAAUUAAGGACCAGGAGGGAUAUAUAAAAUGUAAAUAUUUGUAUUUAAAAUGUAACUUCCUGCGAUCAAGGCAGAAAGGAAAUGUCAACACAAACAUGGAAAACAAUUUAAACAACAUUCUUAAAUCAUAUUGAACACUUCUUAACAAUAACCUCAUAAAACGAAAGUGCAAAAAUAAGGAAUAUGUAAGAAAUGCCGAAAGGGGAACAGCAACUUUUUUAUAAUGUUGUCUAUCAUUCACAAUCCUUAUACAAGUCAAAAACAAUUAGGAUUUUCUUUCUUAUAUGCAUUCUAACUAGUAAAUAAAUGCGAUCAAAAGUCCGCUUACAAUGGAGCCUAUUAGAGUCGCUCUAUUCUGCAUAUAAAGCCCUUAAAAAAAUCUAAACACUUACAUUAAGGCAGUGGUUCUUAACCUUGUUGGAGGUACCGAACCCCACCAGUUUCAUAUGCGCAUUCACCUAACCCUUCUUUAGUGAAAAAUAAAGUUUUUUUUCUUUAAUUUAAUCAUAAUUUAUAAAUAUUAAUCAUGAAAUGAUAUUAUUUUAAAGAAAUACUAAUAAAGAUAUAUUUUACAAACAAAAAGUUACAGGAAUGUAAACAUGAUCCCAUGUUUACAUCUCAUUGUGCAACAUGGGAAUGUUUUAGUGGGAACUAAAUGCGAUAUCUGGAAGGGGUACAAAUUAUUUCCAAAGCAGGAACCCCACCCAGACAAACAAUACUACUACACAGUUCAUGAAAAACAAUAUUUUUUGUUAUUGUCAUUGUAAGUGGGCCAAAACACUUAUAGUAGAAAACAAUCUCAUGGAAAUGACUGCUGUCAUUUGAUUACAAUAAUAAAACAUUUAACUUGUUAUUUAGUCAGUUAUGGGACAGAUGUGCUGCUGGUGUGGCCACAGUGCAUGUGCACGUCUGACGUCGCUCACGUGUUCCACAGAAUGCUCAAGGAGUUUUUACGUUUGCUCACGUGUAUGGAAAAUUAGAGGGAACAUUGUUUGGGGGUAUCAAUAAUACGUCGAUAGGGAGGAGUUUUUAUUUACACGAUGAGUCAGGUGUGUCUUGACCUCCGCGGCGGAGGCUCCGCCGAACCCCUGAGGCCGACUCACCGAACCCAGGUUAAGAACCACUGCAUUAAGGUUUUAUAUACAUGAUGUAAGUAUAUAUGUGAUGUAGUAACAGUCAAGCGGUAGGAAAUGGAUGGAUG